CAGCGCGGGGUCAACGAAGCCCCGGAUCGGUAUUAGGGACUCCAGAAGAACGGUGGAUCCGGAAGCCAGGCGGAGGCGGCUUCCGGGCUUGUGUGAGCCUAGUCGCCCUCGCAUGAAACGCUGGGGCUCGGGAAGGCAAAGAAGGACGGGUGACUGUAGGUGGCCCACGACAAGCUCCCACGAUGCCGGGGAUGGUGCUCUUUGGCCGUCGCUGGGCCAUAGCUAGCGACGAUCUAGUCUUCCCGGGCGCCUUCGAGCUCUUUCUUCGAGUGGUCUGGUGGAUUGGAAUUCUUAUUUUGUAUCUCAAGCAGAAAGGAAAGCUUAAUUGUGUUGGGGGAGCUUUGUUGAACAGCUAUCUGAUUGUACUCAUUAUUCUUCUGGCUGUUAUAAUAUGUGUUAUAUCAGCAGUUGUGUAUGUCAGCAUGAAAGGAACUAUUUGUAAUCCUGGACCUCGAAAGUUUAUGCCCAAGCUGAUUUAUAUCCGUCUAGCACUGUUUUUGCCAGAGAUGGUCUGGGCUUCUCUGGGAGUAGCUUGGAUAGCAGACAGUGGUGUUCACUGUGAUAAGACAGUUGUGAAUGCCAUAAUUGCAACAGUCAUUGUCAGUUGGAUUAUCAUUGCCUCCACUGUGGUUACCGUUAUUGUUGUCUUUGAUCCACUGGGGGGGAAAAUAUCUCCUUAUUCUACUUCUGGUACAGAUCACCUUGAUACUAAUGAUUCAAACCAACUAUUGAAUGGUCUCAAGACAGCAGCUAGAAGUGUGUGGGAAACCAGGAUCAAGUUAAUGUGCUGUUGCGUUGGGAAAGAUGACCAGACUCGAGUUGCUUUUUCGAGUACGGCAGAGCUUUUCUCAACCUACUUUUCAGACACUGAUCUUGUGCCCAGUGAUAUAGCUGCCGGUCUGACUCUUCUCCAUCAGCAGCAGGAUAAGAAAAUAAGGGAUCCUGAGGAAGUUGUAUGUCAUUUCCUGGCCGAUUCCCAGGAAUCUGAUUUGGAUACAGAAUUGGAAAAUUGUCACCAUUAUGUGCAGUUUGCAGCAGCUGCUUAUGGGUGGCCUCUCUAUAUUUAUAGAAAUCCACUUACAGGUUUCUGCAAGAUUGGUUGUGAUUGUUGCAGAAACAGAACAGCAGAAUUUGAGUUUAUUGGAGGUGAUAAUCUCACUUGUCAUUUCGGGUCCAUCCUACAUACAACUGGACUACAGUACAGGGACUUCAUUCACAUCAGCUUUCAUGAUAAGGUGUUUGAACUUCCUUUUUUAGUUGCUUUGGAUCAUAGGAAAGAAACUAUUGUAGUAGCUGUAAGAGGAACGAUGUCGCUUCAGGACAUCCUCACUGAUCUGUCAGCUGAGAGUGAGAGCCUGAAUUUAGAAAGUGAGGUGCAAGAUUGUUUUGCACAUAAGGGAAUUUCUCAGGCUGCCAGAUAUGUUUACCAAAGAUUGAUCAACGAUGGAAUUUUGAGUCAAGCAUUCAGCAUUGCACCUGAAUACCAGCUUGUUUUAGUAGGUCACAGUUUGGGAGCCGGAGCAGCUUCUUUAUUGGCCAUCAUGCUUAAAAAUUCUUAUCCAGAAGUCAAGUGUUAUGCUUUUUCUCCCCCCAGGGGACUUCUAAGCAAAUCCCUUUCUGAAUAUUCCAAAAACUUUAUCGUAUCACUUGUUCUUGGAAAAGAUGUUAUUCCAAGGUUAAGUGUAACCAACCUGGAAGAUUUAAAGAGAAGAAUAAUGAGAGUGAUUGCUCACUGUAAUAAGCCUAAGUAUAAGAUCCUGUUGCGUGGAUGUUGGUAUGAAUUGUUUGGAGGAGAUCCAGAUAACUUCCCAACAGAAUUGGAAGGGAGAAACCAGGAAGACCUGACUCAGCCUCUGCUGGGAGAGCAAAGUCUGUUGAUACAUGGAUCACCUUCAUACAAUUUUUUUGAUGACUCUCCUAGAGAAUCCCCAACUAGGUAUCCUCAUCUGUAUCCUCCUGGAAGAAUUAUCCACCUUGUUGAAGAUGACUGUUCAGGGAGAUCUUGUUGCUGUUCCACUUCCAGAUAUAGUGCAAGAUGGGCAACUGAAGCAGAAUUCAGCAGAAUUCUUAUAGGGCCCAAAAUGUUAACAGACCACAUGCCAGACAUCCUCAUUAGAGCCUUAGAUCAUGUAGUCUCCGAGAGAUCAACUUGCAUUUCUUGUCCAACACAAGGAGAUUUUAAUACUAAUGUAGCAUAAGCACAGCUAUUGGAAAAGUGCAGUAUUUUUCAUCAUAUUUUGGGUACUCCAGGGACAACUGACCAAUUUGUAUUUCAAUAAUUUGUGAAGAAAUUAGAGAUUGGGUUUUUACCACUUGGAAGUGACUGGUUAUCUGGGAUUUGAAUACUCUGAGGAGAAGCAACUAGUGGAAUGAACCUUAAUGGCCAUUUUAACAGAAUCAGGUAUGAAAGGAAAAAGCACUGGCGCUAAGACAAAAUUAAGUACCUUGAGACAUGGAAAUAAUCUUAGAAGAGCCUAUAGGAAAGUAUUUUUAGAGACUUAAAGAAGGAUGUGGCCCUUUUCUCUGUCAGCCAGGUUGGAAAGGGCCACAACUCAUGGUUGUGGCUGAAAUCUAGAGGAAGAAGUGGAGGCUGGUGCCCUCAUUGUCAUAUUUAACAGCCAUUUCUUAAGCCACUACAUUUAUCUGCAGGGAUUAAUUACCUCAAAUGCAACCCCUUAACUAGCAAAGCCUGUACUGUCACAGACGUCUAGAUUUAUUUGAUUCCGUCUUCCCAGCCUUCCAAAUGUGCAUUACAUUUUUUAACAGAUUCUUCUAACUCAAUCAAACCCAAAUAUGAUUAGCCAUGAAUAGAAUGACACAAAAAUCUCCAUGGGAAUGUGUAAAAGUUUCCAUUAAGGGGGAAGCUGGGUAGCUCAGUGGAUGGAGAGCCAGACCUAGAGAUGAGAGGUCCUAGGUUCAAAUCUGGCCUCAGACACUUCCCAGCUGUGUGACCCUGGGCAAGUCACUUGACCCCCAUUGCCCAGCCCUCACCACUCUCCCUUGGGGCCCAAUACACAGUAUUGAUUCCAAGAUGGAAAGUAAGGGUUAUUAUAAAAAAAAAAAAAGUUUCCAUUAAAAGGUUAUCCUCAGGGAGAAGCAAGGCAAAAUACAGUCAGUAGCCCCUUGAAUAAACAGCAAGCUUUUUACUUAGGGAGCUCUUGCUAGGAAUCCCCACUUUGCCACAGACUUCUGCAGGAUCAGAACUCCCAACCUAAAGUUGUGGGAGAGCAGGAAGGAAGGUGAUGUAAGGUAGGACAGGGAAUCUGCUCCCUCAUGUGCACUUUCUGACCUCAGCCAGAGGUCAGGAGCCUUUUCUGUUUGGACUUGCUAUGUUCACUUUUAGUGUCCUCCUCCUCCCCCCCAUCACAACACAGUUGAUAUUUGUAAAUUUUCCUUCACUUAAAAUGAUUUCGUAGACAACCACUGUGUCUUUCUUUCAUCCUCUUUGGGCCAACAAUCAUAAAAUGCAAAAGGAGAAAAAAAGAAAAUAAAGCACUUGCACAUGUCACUAUAAUAUUCACAUAGUGAUAUACUUUUCUAUGGAAUUUGUUUUCAAGAACUUAGAAUUCAUGUCUUUGAUCAAACAGCAAUCAUGUUUUGCAUGUGUUUAUACUAUGCUAUUGUAAAUAGAAAUAAAGUCUUCAGAACUUUUGUGAA